GUGACCGUAUUUAUGGCUAUGACUAAUCCUAAACAACACAGAAAACCGUAAUAGUUUUUAAAUGGAAAACGAUCGGAAAUAUUUUAUAGUUUGAAUUGUCUUCUGUUAUAUUCUAUAGAAAUGAAGAUUUCUAUGCGAUAAUUUUUAUGAUUUUAAUCAUUAGUGUAAAAUUUUCAAAAUACGUAUAAGUUUAAUGAGUUAUGGCGCUUUUGGGUGUUAAAAGUAAUGCCGACGUCAAACUGGAGGACAAAUUUGAAGACGUAGAUAAUGCUAAUUUAUGGUUAGAAAUUUUGCAAGAGGUGCAAGAAAGUAGCUCUAAUAAGCUUCCAUCUUGUAAAACGUUACUGGUUUUAGGUGAUAAUGAAUCUGGUAAAACAUCUCUGAUAGCAAAACUUGAAGGUAAUGAAGAUCCCAGGAAAGGUUCUGGAUUAGAAUAUCAUUAUAUUUAUGUACGAGAUGAAUAUCGUGAUGAUCAUACUCGGUUAGGUGUGUAUGUUUUAGACGGGGACCAGUGGCACAGGAAUCUUCUAAAGUUUGUUUUAAAUGAAGAGACCUUUGCCAAUACAACUGUUCUUCUGACAGCAUCCAUGAGUGAACCAUGGGACAUCAUGGAAUCUCUGAGAAAUUGGGCAAAUAUUCUAGAGGAACAUGUUCAGAGGCUACGACUUCCAGAAUCUGUUAUUGAAGAACAUCGAAGAAGAGUGCUAAAAAAAUUUGAAGAUUAUGUGGAGCCAGGGUCUGAACCUGAUGGAGUUACAACACCAGUACGUCCUGUGAGCAUUACAGAAUCUCUAACAUCAGACAGAGAAAUUCAAAUAAACUUGGGUUUAGAAAUCAUUGUUGUCAUUACAAAGACAGAUGCCAUGUCAACAUUGGAAAAAAAUCUUGACUUUAAGGAGGAACAUUUUGAUUUCAUUCAAAUGUCAAUAAGAAAUUUUUGCUUACAGUAUGGUGCAGCUCUUUUUUAUGUUUCAGUAAAAGAGGACAAAAACUGUGAUCUACUGUUAAAAUAUUUAGUUCACCGAAUAUAUGCCUUUCCUUUCAGAACACCUGCUUUAGUUGUUGAAAAGGAUGCAGUAUUUAUUCCUGCUGGAUGGGACAAUCUAAAGAAGAUCAGCAUAUUGGUUGAUAAUUUGUCUACUAUGAAGCCAGAUGAUUCAUAUAAUGAUGUUAUUGUAAAGCCUGUCAACAGAAAGCCAUUACAGCGAGAAGCUGAAAUUGCUGCAGAAGAUGAUGAAGCAUUCCUUUGUAAGCUACAAAGUUUAUUAAAUCAGCAAGUUCCUGCUAAUGUUGGAAGGCCAGUGGGUAGUCAAGAAACACCAAUCCGAACAGCACCUGGUGUUCAAAAGAGUGCAGAUAGGAGACUUUCAGGAUCCCCUGGAGUGAAUGCCUCACCUAAAAAGAUUGAAGGUAAACAUGGAACUGUUGGAGGUGAAGGAGUUCUUCAAAACUUUUUCAAUAGUUUAUUGAAUAGGAGAACUGGUUCUCCUAUAGGAGGUCCAUCUGUUAGAGGUCUUGAUAAAACUACAGCAAGAUUGGAUGCAGCUGUUGAAUUGGACCGCAUGGCUGGAACCAAGAAACCUACAGGUUUCAAUUCAUCCACAGAGCCUCAGUUCGGUGAAGAAUCGGAGGACAAAAAUGUGCAGUCAUAGCAAGCCUUCUCCAUUUAGGAUUCUUUUUCAAGCAGAAAACUCCACUGUGCCAGGAACUGUCUUACUUAAAUAAAAACAUGGAGGAUAUUUCUGCAGUAUUGAUAUUUCUGAGACAAUUUUGUGGAUGAUGUGUUUCUGAAUGAAAUGGUUAUUUAAAAAAAAUAAAGACUCAUUCUAAACUAAUGAUAGGCUUCUGUUUCAAGCUCACUUAAUCACUAGGCUUGAACAUGAUGGGCUAUUGCAUUGUUAAAUUUCAGCACAAGUUAUGUGCUCCUUGUAAAAAUUUAAAUUAUGACUACUUGAGAAUGCUUGCUGCUUUUUUAAUAUUAAAGAAAUUUUGUAUUUAUAAUUUGUUUAAAGAAUACCAAAGUAUUUUCACAUACUAUGGCUUUUCUGAAUUUGUGUUAAAGAAAUAAUAAAUCAAAAAUAAAAUUUGUUUUAAAACCAC